ACUCGGGUUGGGGACGGUGGUAUUUAAGAUGGUUACGGUGUUGAGAAGAAAUCUUACAGAUACGCAAAUAAAUAUAUAAUUAUAAAGAAUUGUGUUGCGCCCGGAUUUGUGAUGAUGAUGCAGUAAACUAGACAGAAGUUCGAACAACAAAUGGGUUGAAAUAAAUGAACUCUUUCUGUCAGAUAUUAUCAUUCACUUGCUCGGGAUGUAAUUUGUGAACAAAGGUUUUUUACCUGUUUUGAGAAUAUUCUUUGUUGUGAGAUUUGUUACUCAUACAUAAACUCCUAGUAUAAAUUCAGUGAUGAAUUAGAACGUAAAAGUUGUUUUUUAAUGGUGUAUACUAACUAAAUAUCAUUUGAUUUUGUUCUGUUUCCAAGAUACUUCACAUCAGCUAGGCUAGGUAUCUGUGACACAACGUUUGGUUUGUUUAGUGUCGUGUAGAAUGUAGAUAUCCGCAUCUUUUGUAAUUUCGCUUAAUUUAGGAGUGAUAAUAGUCAACAGUGUACAUGUGUAGUAAACAAAUAAUUUACUCUCAAUGCACUGAAAAGAGUUGUGAUAUGAUAGGUGGUGGUUUAUAUUUGCUUUAUAAUGUGGAUUCACAUUUGCAAGUCUGGCCUCAUUAGGCCUUAGGUGGUGGCGUACUGGCAUCACCACGUGUGGCGACGGGGAGGGCACAGAAUGGGCGUGCUGAUCUUUGCGGUAGCCCUGUCUGCACUGGUACUGGUGGCCCGUGGCAGUUCUCCUGUGGUAGCCCACUUCCCGGUGGCAGGCGCAGGCAACUGCUCGAUGGCACAUAUCAAGCGCUUGCAGCACCUGGUCAUCGAUCGCUCUACAGGGAAGGUGUAUGUGGGUGGGACCAACCGUCUGGCUCAGCUGGACUCUGAUCUCAACCUGGAGGAAUGUGUCGUCACUGGACCCAAAGAAGACAGUGCACUUUGUCAUGCUAGAGGUUGCAGUUCAGAUGAUAUGGAACGCUCCUUAACUAACAAUGUCAAUAAGUUGCUGGUUAUUGACCCUGACUCAAGAACAUUGGUAGCUUGUGGAUCUGUUUCACAAGGAGCCUGUGAAAAAUUCAAAUUAUCCAACAUUUCUCUUCAAAGUCAGUUCAUACCAAUGGGCAUAGCAGCUAAUGAUGAAACUGCCUCUACCUACGCUUUCAUUGGCCCAGAAAAUUAUAACCAGUGGGGUCGUUCAAAUGUUCUUUAUGUCGGAACAACCUUCACCAACAAUGGGGAUUUUCGUCAUGAUGUUCCAGCAAUUGCUAGUAGAAGCCUUUAUAGUUUAGAUAUUGCAGAAUAUUCUUUUUCAAAACAGUCUCUACUGUGGAUAGAUGUUAAGUACAGAGACCAUUUUCUUGUCAAAUAUAUUUAUGGUUUCAAUUCAAGUGAGUUUGCCUAUUUUGUAAUAGUUCAGAAGCAAUCACACCUGCCAGGACAAGAAGAGAUGGGCUAUGUGACACGACUCGCAAGAGUGUGUAUAAAUGAUGCAAACUAUGACAGUUAUACCGAGGUGACUUUGCAGUGUGUUGUCAAGGAGGAAAACACAGUUACUAACUUUAACCUCAUCCAAGAUGCCAAGGUGUCUGUGUCAAGCGAUGACAUAGCUCUCUCCCUCGGGAUUGAUCCAGGAGAUCAUAUUCUUGUUGGCACAUUUUCCCCCAGCCGUACCAUCACUAGUGACCCUCUCCCUAAGUCAGCUGUUUGUAUUUACAGUUUACAGGAAAUAGAAGCAAAGUUCAAUGAAAAUAUUCACAUGUGUUUUAAUGGUAGUACAAAAUACAGAAACAUGGGCUACAUUUCUGGCAUGAUUCUUGAUGGCAAUUGUCCCACAGCUGGUUCAACAGGCAACAUCCUUAACUUCUGUGAAGUGGGUUUGAAGAUUUCUGGUAUUGUACCCAUAACUGUAACAGCUGCAAUUCACUAUCCAAACUAUCUUAUGACUUCUGUUGUCCUGGCCAUUACCGAGCGACAUCUUGUAAUAUUCGUUGGGACUUCCACUGGAAUCAUUAAAAAGGUGUUGGCUACGAGUCCAGGUCUGGCUACAGAGUACGAUGAGAUAAUUGUGGAUAAAGACACUACUAUAUUACCAGAUACAAGUGUUGCUCCCAGUAAGGAGUUUCUUUAUGUCCUCACAACAUCUAAGGUUUUCAAAGUGCCAUUAGAACACUGCAGCAGCUAUACUAAUUGCUCAUCUUGCCUAGAAGCCAAGGAUCCAUAUUGUGGCUGGUGCUCUCUUGAAAGACGAUGUACAGUUCGUAGUGCCUGUCAGAAAGCCAGCCACAGUUCUCCACGCUGGCUCUCCUUAGGCACAGGACAACAGUGCAUUGACUUUGAGCAGAUCUUACCAGACCGCAUCCCCAUUACCCAAAUGACUACGGUUCAGUUAACAAUACGCACACUGCCUGAGUUGCCUGCUGGGGCAAAAUAUCGCUGUGUGUUUGGGGGUGCAGAGCCAAUAGAUGCAGGAGUGACAACAGCGGGAUUGUCCUGUCCCACACCCCCCACCACUUCUCGUCCUCUCAUCCCACCGGGACACGACCAUGUGCUUGUUCCGCUCUCUGUUCGGUCAUCUGAAACAAACAAAGAUUUUGUUUCUCGUAACUUUGCCUACUAUGAUUGUGCCAUGCACACUAAGUGUGCAGACUGUGUACAAGCACAGUGGGCAUGUAACUGGUGUGUCUAUGAAAACAAGUGCACACAUAACACGUCUUCCUGCCAGCGUACUGUUAUCAGUGGUGAAAAUAAUCCAGCACACCUGGCAAAUCAUGGAGUGAGUUCAUGUCCCCGGUUCCGACAUCCCAAACAAAAGAUCUUGCUGCCCAAUAGUGUCCCCAUGGAGAUAGCUCUAGAAGUAGACAACUUGCCACAUCCCCAGCCAGGUCACACAGGAUUUCAGUGUAUAGUCACUAUUGAAGGUGCAAAAAUGAUGGUUCCUGCACGAGUUGAAGCUAACCAGUUCAUUGUCUGCGAUAAAACAACUUACUCAUAUGAAGCCAACACUGGUGAAUAUGAUGCAAGUAUCAGCAUGGUGUGGAACAGAAAUCAUCAUGUAGACACAAUAACUGUAACGCUAUACAAGUGCGAUAUCCUGGGCUCUCACCGGGAACAUCCAGAUUGUUCACUGUGUGUUACACGCCACUCCAAGUAUCACUGCACUUGGUGUGCUAACACAUGCAGCUACGCAGAUACUUGCCAACAGAUCCCGGCCAGCGAAUGUCCACGCCCUCGCAUUGAUAUGAUAAAGCCCCUGAGUGGUCCAAUCGAGGGAGGAACAUUUGUGACUAUAGAGGGCAGUAACUUAGGACUGAAGGAAGAAGAUGUGCGAGGUAAAAUACAUAUAGGAGAUACACCUUGCACUCUGGUGGAAUAUGAGGUGUCUGUGAAGAUCAUCUGUCAAACAGGAUCAUCAGCUGCAGAGAAAGUGGCAUCUGUCAUCAUCGGUAACCAGGCUGGAUUCACAGAGUCCUCUGUACAUUUCAGCUACAAGAAUGUUCAAGUUGAAGGAGUGUCACCUGUGGUGGGUCCACAAAGUGGGGGUACUCAGUUGGCUAUCACUGGACAGUUCCUCAACAUUGGCAGCCGUGUCACAGCCUAUCUUGAUGAGCUCCCUUGCUAUGUGAAUGCCACACAAGCCUCCAGCAGCCGUCUGACUUGUAUUACCUCUCGUUCCCCAUCCCCACGCAAAAUUCAUGUACUGGUUUUGUCCAUUGAUGGAGCAAAUCGCACACUGAGUUUACAGGAGCGCAAAAGCCCACCAUUCACUUACCUUCAAGAUCCCACAGUAAUGGAAAUUAAACCCCUCAAGAGCUUUGUUUCUGGUGGUCGCAUGAUCACUGUACAUGGCACUAACCUUGACACAAUCCAAAAGCCUGAGAUGGUUGUGUACUCUGACUCCAGUGUCAACCCUGUUAACAAAUCGGAAUGCUUUGUACUGAAUCCUGCACAAAUGGAAUGCCCUUCUCCAGCUGUCAAUAAGGAGUUUUCUAAAGGAGCCCACAGAUCAGAGCGUUCUUUACCAAACAAGUUUCAUGAAAACCGUUUAUUUUUAAAGAUUGGGUUCAUUAUGGAUCAUGUAGAGGCAGUCAGUGAUCUAGAGAAACAUUUCAAGAAUCUUAGAUCACAUUUACUCUAUUUAGAAGACCCUAAAUUUUUUGAGUUUCCGAAUGACAUCAAACUGUAUAAGGGAGACACCCUUGUCAUCGAGGGUGAGAAUUUGAACUUAGCUAGUGAUGAGUCAGAUGUAAAUGUUACGAUUGGGACACUAGCCUGCAAUGUAACCUCCCUAGCAUCUACUCAGUUGGUGUGUUCGCCCCCAGAGAGCCAACCAAUGCCCACAGAUGAGCUGGGAAUCAAGACCGAAACAGGCCUUCCUCUAGUUGUGGUGCGAGUAGGAAAGUUCCUGAGAUUUCCUAUUGGAUAUCUACGUUACGAGAUGAUCCGUCCAUAUGCAAUCCCUCCUGAGGCAGUUGCAGGGAUCGCAGCUGGGACUAUCAGUUUACUACUGCUUUUUGGUGUAGUAUUGAUUGUUUACCGGCGCAAGUCUACGCAGGCUGAACGAGAGUACAAGCGCAUUCAGAUACAGAUGGACACACUUGAGAGCAAUGUGCGCUCUGAGUGCAAAAUGGCCUUUGCCGAGCUUCAGACAGAUAUGACUGAUCUCACAGCCGACUUAGAAUCGUCAGGAAUACCCAUGUUGGAUCAUAAUGAGUAUAUUCUCAAAGUAUUCUUUCCAGGAGUGAGGGAUCAUCCGAUCCUCAAUAAUCCAAAGGUCCGAAUCAAUGGUCCACCCACAAACUAUGAUGCAGCAAUGCUUCAGUUUGAACAAUUAAUCAAUAAUAAAAACUUUAUUCUUAAUUUUAUAGAAACUUUAGAAGCCCAAAAGUCUUUCAAUAUUCGUGACAAAGUAAAUGUAGCAUCACUGCUGAUGGUAGUCUUGAUGGGCAAAAUGGAGUAUGCUACAGAUGUACUGAGAAAUCUGUUACUGCGGCUUAUGGACAAGUCAGUCAGUACAAAACAUCCUCAGCUGAUGUUGCGGAGGACAGAAUCAGUUGUUGAAAAAAUGCUUACAAACUGGAUGGCCUUAUGUAUGUACAAAUAUCUCAAAGACUAUGCAGGAUCAUCACUCUUCCUUCUGUAUAAGGCUAUCAAACAUCAGAUUGAGAAGGGACCAGUUGAUGCAGUAACACAUGAUGCAAGGUAUUCACUCUCCGAAGAACGGUUGCUAAGGGAGCAAAUAGACCAUGGUAUAGUGACUGUCCGUCUUCUACAAGAGGACCCAGAUUAUGAAAAAAUUCCUUACCAAACUUACCAAACUCUGCACGUUAUGCAAGAUGAUGCUGAUGAGAAGAUUCAAUGUAAGGUUCUCGAUUGUGAUACCAUUAGUCAAGUGAAGUCCAAGAUUCUAGAUGCUCUGUAUAAAAACACUCCCUUCUCCUUACGCCCUUCUAUUCAUGAACUUGAUUUAGAAUGGCGACACGGACGAGGGGGCCACCUUACAUUGCAGGAUGAAGACCUUACUACUAAGUCUGUGUGUGGAUGGCGAAAACUCAAUACUUUAGCCCACUAUGGUGUCAAAGAGUCAGCUGUUAUGUCACUUAUACCUCGCCAGAAUGAUGGUUUUAAUGCCAACUGUAAACAGCCAUGCCACAAUUGCACUGGUACAUAUUUAGGAAACUCAUUGUCUCCAAUAAUUGCUAGUAAUGGAGAUGUUGAGUCAGGCUCAAAUCUGCACACAUACCACUUGGUAAAGCCUCCUGAUGAUCAUGGCUAUCCGAGCAGCAAGAGUUCUGAGCGCACUCAUAAGGCCAUUCCAGAAAUAUUCCUUACCCGUUUGCUCUCUACUAAAGGUACUAUACAGAAGUUUGUUGAUGACUUCUUCACAACGAUCCUGACAGCCAACGAAGCAUUGCCGCCAGCUGUCAAGUGGUUGUUUGACCUGUUUGAUGAGGCAGCCCGUAGACACAACAUUGUCGACCCAGAGGUUGUUCAUGCCUGGAAAUCUAACAGUCUUCCUUUGAGAUUCUGGGUUAACUUUAUAAAAAAUCCAGAUUUCAUGUUCGAUAUAAACAAAACAACACCAGUGGACUCGUGCCUGUCUGUAAUCGCGCAGACAUUUAUGGACGCUUGUUCUACAACAGACCAUCGGCUUGGCAAAGAUUCACCUUCGAACAAGUUACUCUUUGCCAAGGAUAUUCCACAUUACCGAGAAAUAGUCUCCAGGUUCUAUAUGGAUGUGGCUCUACUGCCUCAAAUAACAGACCAAGAGCUUAGCACGGCCAUGCAACAUCUGUCUGUCUCCCAGUCAGGCCAUUUUCAUACCAUCUCUGCCCUCAAGGAACUGUAUAUAUAUGUUACUAAGUAUAGCGAACAAAUUUUGGAAUGCUUGGAUAAUGACCCAUACUGUAAAAAAUUGCACCUUGCUCACAAGCUAGAAAAUGUUGCGUGUACACUGGAGGGAGAGGAGACAUCAACUUGCUGACAAUUGUCGUCACCUGAUCUAUUGCUGACGCCAGCUGACUUGGACUAGACUGUGAUAUUCCUUGUGAUGCGGGUCAGGUGACAUUUUCUUGCGCCACAGUCAAAUCAUCUUAAUAUUUCUGUACAUUUUUAUUUUUACUUUAGAAUGUUUAAAUUGCUCCAGUUUAGAUGAAUAGAGCUGUGUUGUUAGUCAGAGCAUUUUCUUGCUGAGUGAAAUGUUUGUUAUCUGCAAUGUCUUAUCAUCUUUACACGGUUUCUAACCACAUUGUGUUCUGACGAUUGGUUGUGUCUUUUUUCUUGACUCUAUGGUAUUAACAGUAUAGACAGUACAAAGGUAAUAAUAGGAGACUUAAAUGAUGUGAAAAUAUUAUUUUUGGUAUUUGUUUGAAAAUAUUUUUAAAAAAGCAAAAUUUAAAUAAGAAGCAAUAAAAAGUGUUAUACUCUUUGCUGUUAGGUUUACUUUUUCGGUCAUGAUGGUUAUAUUUGUAAAUUUAAAUUCCUUGCAGAGAUGUGGAGGAGAGGUGGUUUGUCAAGUUGAGCUUAGCUGAAAUAUUCUAUACGAAUGGAUCACCAUCAAUCUUUCCAAAUUUCUUUCAUGAAUUGAUUGAGAUUGUAUUACGCAAAACCAGUUAUAAAAUUGUAUAAUAAGUCAUGAGGACAGAACGGUAAUGUAAUAAAUACAGGUUAUUAAUGUACAUCUAAUGUAUAAGAGAUAAUUUUUCUAAAAAUCCUUGUUUAAUCAUUACUUUAACAUUGUCAAAUUAAUUUAACUAAAAGUAUCAUAUCUCAACGUUUUUGCUUUCGAUUUUAUUAAAAGAAAAAUACUAAUUAACUCUUAACAACCUUGUAUGGUGUAUUUUUAUGCAAUAAAAGGAAAAACUUUUUACAUUUGCGAAGGAAACAAAUUUUUUCUAGAUAAUUCCCAUAGCUCAGUGCUACAAGAAAUUAAUAAUACUGAUUUCUUUUAUUACCGAACAAUGCCAAAUGUCCUGAAAAAUCCUUAACAGCCAAAACAAUUUAAAUACGUAUUUAAUAAGCUCAGAUCAUUUAGAUACCACCCUGGGAUCAGGGAUAGAUAGCGCAUUCAAUAUUAAGGCUAAAGAAGAGUCUUCUGCUCCUAGAACUGAUUCGUGGGCAUGCACAUGAUCUGUGACUAGUAGGCAGUACCUUGUGUAUGUAAGAUAUUAUUUUACCUACAUUUAGUUUGUAUGGAAAAAUCUAUGGUCCAUGUCCUAUUCUCAUUGAAAAAAGCUCCUAGAAACAUAUAACAAGAUAGAUCCACCUUAUUGUAACGCCACAAUGUUUUAUAAAAUUUAUAUUCAGAUAUAUGUCUUUUCUUGUGACACAAACAUUAAUGCAAAAUUGAAUUACAUGUUUUGUUGAUAUGCAAGUGAUGGAUCCAUAUCAGAUUUUGACUUUAUUUUGCAAUUUAUUAUUCAUUGCCUCACCAUCCUAAAUUUUUCUUCGCUUGCAAUUACUGUAUGAAGUCAUGUUCAGACUCAACUCGAUUUUUAAACUAUUGAUGUUUUACUGGUCAUACGAUUGCAAGUGCACUUGGCUCACCUGGAAUACCUGCACAUCUCUAAUGCUUUGAUAAUUUAUUUUUAUGAAAUUAUCUUAAGCUAUUUUUAUUGUCUUUUUCUUAAUUUUACAAUGCUGAUUUCUCUGUAGCUUGCAAGUAAGUUAAGAAAUAAUUAAUCAAAUUUUUUUAAAGUGUAUGUUUUAAAAGUUAUAUUUGUGUGUUAUGUUUAAAAUAGUGGAAAUUCAAUAAUAGUUAUUGUAGGUUAUACAGUUUAUGUAAGGGAGGCAGACUUCAAAAAAUUAAUUAAAAUCAUAUUUUUACUUAUUAUUUUUUAAUACAGUGUUAUUAAUCAAAAGUUGGUGGUAGCAGAAAUGAUUCUUCAUACAAAAAUCGGAAAAUUUAGUACUCAUACGCCUUAUUAUUAUAUAUUUAAAAUAUCAUUUACAAAAAUUUAACUAAAUAUUUUUCUUCAUUGAUUUUGUUUUGUUUUAGUGUAGUGGUCUCAAUUCAGAUAUAUUCUAGCUUAUUUUCUUAAUAUUUAAAAAUUGUGUUCUUUUUAGCUGUGCUUUUUAAGCUAAUCAUUCAAGGCUUAAAGAAAAAAUUCUGUAUGAAUGUUACAAAAAUGCAACAAAAGAUUUUCAAAAUUAUUAAGUAUUUAAAAAAAAAAUCAGGGUCAAAUUUUACCUGAUCUGUUUGUAUCUUUUAAUUGCUUCAGAAUGAUUCCAGCUCAUGGGAGUUCAAAUAUAGUUUACUUUUGUUGUACCCAAACUAUUUAGUAAUUUAUCAUAGUCAGUUUUGAUAAGUCAUAAAUCUUUGUCUAUCCAAAAACUGUUUGUAAAUGUGUUAAAAAUAUGUCAUUAUUAGUGAGUAAUUCGUUUAUAUUAUAUUUUAGUUCGUGAUUGUAAUAAAUUUAUGGCAGAAACAUAAGAAGCUGCAUUAUUCUAUGCAUGCCAAAAGCCACAUUAUUACUAAUCAGUGUGUAUUCAGUGAGGUGAAUGAUAACAAGUAAAAAAUUUUACUUGUGAUGAAAUGAAUAGUAAAAGAAAAAUCAAUUUAAUUGUUUGUUAAUCAAAACACCUCAAAAAUUAGGUGAUUAAAAAGUAAAUACUUGUGGAUUUACAAGUUAACUGUAAACUUGCAUGAGCCUUUUACUUCAUGUGUGUAGCAGGCCAGUAAUUACAAAUUCAGCUUCAAUCUUAUUAGAGAUGGCAGCCUUUGUGCAUUUUCCUACUCCUAGGAAAUAUGAAGACCGUGUUAGAGUGCCUGUCAGCAAGUAAAAGCAGCAUUUGAAAUUCGAGACUGAAUAUAUUGAUUUUGUGUUGUUAUUAAAACGCUGCAUAGACAGAGUAAAAUGCGAGUUUUCGUAUAAGCUUCUCUUGAGACCUGCAGCAAUCCUCGAGUAUUUACUCAUCAAGACAAGGUAUAAAAGCUUGGAAGGAAUUUACUAUUUUACUCAAACUAGAAUUGCGAACCUUUUACUUUACUGGCUAGUACAUUCUUUGAACAUUUACUUAGUUUUUAACCAUAUGACUGAAUGUCAGAAUUUGUGUUCACUGAAGUACCUAAUAAAUAUUAUCUGUUAGUGAUGAACAAAGAAAAACAAUAGUUACAAAUUUUGUUUAUGCAUAAAAAUAUAUUGUUUAGGCUAUAUUACAUUCAGAUUCAAUCAAUUAUUUAAGCUAUACGCCAAAUUGCAAUUGCAUGUAAGUUGAAAUCAGCCCAAAAGAGACAUUCUUAAGUGUGAAAUAGUACAAUAAAAUAUAGUUCUAUGGUACCAUAGCUUUAUAAUAAUAUUUGAUUCAACAAAAAGUAGUUUUAGAUGCUAUGGCUAGUUUCUUUGUCCUAGAUAAUGACUAUAAACAUGUUAAAUAAAAACUAAAUUGUAUUAUUAAGCAUCAAUUAACACAAAAGAAUAACACUACCAAAGUGGAUUUUUUUAUUCUUGUCCACAAAGAAUGAUAUUGUAUGUUGGAAAUUUUGUUUUUUUAUACACUUUACUAGUCAUAUGUAUAGCUUUAAUAUUAUUUGUUGAAGAGAAUUUUUGAUUGUUGCUAUCACAAUGAAUGAUAAAAAUGUACAUUAUUUAACAUGCAACAACUGUAGGAAAGUCUGCCCCCUUAUAAUUACAGUAUUAUUAGCACCAGAUAACUUUUUUUUAAUUCAUUAAAUAUUUUUUUAUUACUUUCCUAAAUAUGUACAUGGAGAAAAAAAUGGAUCUAAUGGCAAGAUGAAUAAGUGGUAGGUAAAAAAUCCUCUACAUGUUCUCUCAUCUGAGUAUAACUCAUGUUUUGGAUAACUUAUUUAUAGUUGACACUGGUGUUAAAUAAUAUAACUGUUCUGUUUAAAUGUACUGUAUACUUGAGUAAAGGUGUCUUGACAGCUUUUUAGUGAAUAUCUAUCUGGUGGUUACAUUAAUCUCUAACUCACUCUUGAUGUCACAUGUCUUAAUGUCACAAAAAAAAGUUGAAAAUGAAGCUGACUUCGUAACGAUUUUAAAGCUCAUUUACCAAGAUUGGAAAUUUAAUCGGAAAACUGUUAUGAAAAUAUUAUGAAGUGCCUUAAGGAAUGUUCACGAAUGGAUCUGAUUAUUUUAUUAAGGUUAAUGGGAUACAGAUUGAAGAAUGUUAUAUACCAGAUGGAGCCAAAGACAUGUGACAUAAAAUGUGAUUUGCAUUAACUCUGACCGUUCCUUCGUUUGUUCUGCUCAAGGAAAAAAUCUUUAUGUUAAAUUUCAAUCAAAUGAAGCACCGUUUCCUGAUAUGAGUGCCUCAUUCUAAACUUAAUUUCUUUUACACUUGCCAAACAUUUGUAUCUAUAGCAAAAUAAUCAUACUUUAUAUCUGUAUAAUUUACAAUUAAUUAGUCAUAAUUAGCUUUGUGUUCCAUGUGUACAGAACGUUUAGUUUAUUUUUAAUACUAUUUAGGUUCAGGUUUUGAUGAACAUUCUGCAGCUCAUGCUAAUAAAAUUUUAUAUGGCUGGUUUUAAAGGUCUAAUUUUAUAGAUCUUCAUUUACUUUUAAGGAGAGAAAUCCAUUUUUUGCAAAUGUUUUAUUGUAUUGUAAUAAGUAGUGCUUUAAAGUUAAACUUUAAUGUUGUUAUUGUGAUUUUAUAUGAAUUAACUGCUUAGUUUCCCCAUGUAACCCUAAUGUGUGUUCCUUAUAAUUAAAGUCAUUGCACUUUAACAUUAUUUAUAUAUUUUUUUGUACUUCGCUAUAAUCUCAUUCUGAAUAAUUUGUUAUUUAUUACAUUAUAACACUACUCCAACAAAAGCCUUACAAGUAAUAAAAAACGUUAUACAUUGUUCUGUUUUUUUUUUUUUUUUUUUUUUUUACGUCAUUAUUAGAGAGUCUGGAUCCAUAAAAAAUCUGUAUAGCUGAAAUUAGUUUACACAUUAAUCAAAACAUUGCUUUUCCAACUACACAAAAUUAACAGGUUACUCUUGUAAUGACCAUUUAUUAUGUUAUAUUCUUGGAAUCUAAACAAUGUUGCAACCUAAUCUACCUGAAUUUAAAUAAAUAUUGAAUUCAUUAUAUUUAAAUGUGAAGCAUUCACCAUUUGGCUACAUUAAUAAGGGUACUUAAAAAGUGUGGUGCUUAAAAAAAAAAAUUGGAAUAAAUUUCAUUUUCUUGACUUUUAAUCAUGACAUUACUACUUAAAUGGUUAUAAAGAAAUUUCCCUUCGUCAAUAUUUCAGAACUAGUCAAAAUAUCACAAUAAAACCAGCAUGUGUGAAACAUUCAGUCAACCAUAGAAAUUAUUGAAAUAAAUCAUAUGGGUAUUAGUGAAUUGAUUAUUCCAUAAUGUUCAGUUCAAAAAUUUCAUUCAAAAAUUUUUUUAUUAAUUGUAAGUUCCAGUUUGAUUUUUUAGUGCUAGUAAUUAACAAUCUUUUAAACAUUAAAUCAAUUUGUUUAUGUCUAUUACAAACAAGUCUUUUAAUACUUAAGUUAAGCUACAACUUUCAGCAGUUGCAAAAUAAAUAAACUUUUGCUCACUACAUGCAUAAAAGUUUUCAAAUGGAAACAUUUCUAUACAACUUUGUUUACAAUAAUACACUUUUUGCAUUUCAAAAAAAAAUUAAUCGUUGUGAUAGGGACAGAGCAUAUAACUUGUUUGCAUAAAGAAGGAUAUAAGGGAUGGUUUGAUCCAACUUGGUAAGGGAUAAGUAGUAGUUCAAUAAAAUAUAAAUUCUUCAGUGACGUUUGUAAAACUGUAAACACUACUGAGUUCUCGAGCUCAGUAUUUAUUUAGGUAAAAUUACAGUCAAAAUUCAAUAAUUCAUAGAUUUUGAAAUGUACUACAUAUUAAUUUUUAUGGGAAAUUAAAGUCCCAAAGAAUUGGAUCUGCAUUGUCUCAGUAUCAUUUAUAAUUAAUCUACGCAAAUUGGAACUAGCCAGUCUUUAUCUACAAGCAACUUUCUGAAUAUACAGCUGUGACAUCAGUAAACAUUUCUUAAACCUUCAAGUAUAUACUUCAUCAUUAAUGUAAAGUAAAACAGUUAUAGCAGUUACUCAUGGAAACAAUAAGACUAUUCUAGUGUUUGUACAGUAUACUGAAUAUUAUUCAAAUAUAAAAUAUGAAAUAAUAUUUUAUUUUAGGGUGUAGAGUUAGAAAAAAACCAUUAAAUUUAUAUCCAUAUUUUUAAACCUAUUGUUUAUAAACAAUAUACAAAUACUUGUACUAAUUACGUUAUUGAAUCAGUAAUGGCUAUUCAAUCACAAACUGUUAUUAAUUCAAAGAAAAUCAUGGUGUUUACAAAAACAAUUUUUAGUAAAAAUAAUAGAAAUUAAAAGUAGUUUCAUUUCAGAUUAUUACUCUUGGUCUUAAACUUAUUAAUUGAGUAACUUUACCGUCCAUAAAUUUAAGUGUUUAUAAAUUUUCCCAUACAUCAUUUCCUAUAUUUAUUGAGGUUAAGUGUAAGAAACAACCAAGUCACUUGGCCUGGUAAAAUAAAGAGUUUAUAUUUGGGUUAUCUCAGGUUGUCUCAUUUAGAUUAUCUUCCCAUUAACCGCUUCAUCAUACUGUAACAGUACCAUCUUGAUUUGCAUCAUUAUCAUCCUUUCCUCUUUUCACUGUGCUGUAUCUUUCAUUAGUGUCAUGCCAUAUCCGAUCUUACCAUAUCAUUUUGUUAUAUCCAAUGAGAAUCAGUACUGAAGAAUUAGCAUUUGAUAAUCUAUUUUCGAUUCUGAUGUUUUUCUAAGAAUUAAUCUUGAGGAUCAGUUCACCUUAAAAUUAUGUUUUCCAUUUAAUUUGAGAUGUUACAAAAAGUUGUGUAUGAAAAUCUCAUCCAAACAAAAUAUUAUUCAUAAAAUGACCCUACACAAUUACUAGGGGAAAAAAUUAUCUUGUCCAUUUGUUCAGAAUCCGAUCAUAAUUAAAAAGAACUUAGUUUAGUAAAGAAUUAGUUGUGGUUAUUUAAAUGUAGUGUUGAAUAAUCAUGGUAUGACUGAUACUGUUAUUAAUAUAUUUAAAAAUUUUACCAUAAAAAAGUGUUGGGUGGGGUUGAGUGGUAGAGAGGGCUAAAUAGCCCCAACUCCACCUCUUAAAUAAAGGCAUAUUUCAUUUCAUAUCUGGAAUGUGAGGAUGUGGUUAUAUGCAAGAUACGCUGUGGGAUAGCAUACAAGGUUUUAAGGCUUACAUUUUAACAAAUCAAAUAAUUUUUUUUUACAUUUGUUCGUUUUGGGGAUUUAAAUUUUUUAUAUUUCAUAUUUUUACACCACAUCUGACAGAAGAUGUGGUAAAAAGGAUUCAUUACAACAACACACACAUCAAUUUAAUGUUUUAUUUUGAUACUAGUCAAUUGGAAGAAUGGUUGCUCUUUUACCAACCAAUUGGAAAAUACUUCAAAUAGUUGCACUUUUACACUAUUAAUAAAACUGCACUAUGUAUUUUCAAGAUUCAAGACUUUAUUAAUCAUUAAACAUACAGUAAUGUAAUAUUUUUUAUCAAGACCAAUAUAAAACAAUUUUCACUUUUCAUGAUAAGUGAGGCUACAUUCUGUGAUUUAACCUCCAUGUUUAGGUAAAAAUUAAAAUAAAUAUAGAAUUAUAUUAUAAGUAAAGUAUGAAUAUAAAUAUUAAUAAAUGUUAUAACAUUUAUGAUAGCAAGAAACAUUACUCAAAAUAUUGAAAAGAUUCAUUGCUAGACAGAGUUAACAUUUACAGUAACAAAAUUAAAAACAAUGAAUGUAGAUAAAAAUUGAAAUAAACCUAGAAUAAUAAUAUAACUAAUAUACAAACACAAAUAUUGAUAAAUGUUAUAAAAUUUAUAAUUCCAAAAAUGUAACUUCUUGAAUAUGCAUACAAACAUACCUUUUAUUGAUAAAACCCAGUAAGAAACUGAUCUUCAACAUUUUUUUAUUUUAACACUUUAAAUCUAUUCUAAGUUUAAAUGUAAUUGAUUGGUUUAAAAAAUUGUAUUACGGAUAGCAAAUGUCUUUAAUCAUACUCCCCACUUAAAAACUAAAGAUUGUCCAAUCCAUUUCAUCAUAUCACAACAGUGUUGUGUAGCUGGUCAUCAGACUAUUUUAUUUACUGAUUGCACAAAGAUUUCUGUAGUUAUGUAAGUUUUAAACCAUACUUUUUACAUAAUUCUUUAUGGUCAUUCUCUUCUUAACAUUUCAUACUGUAACCGACUAUUUUAUUAUAGCUCCCACUGAACGUUUUAUAGUUUACUAUUAAUAAAUGUGUGCAUUAAAAAUUGCUCAGCAUAUGUUUAAAUAAGUGGUGCUUACGAAUAUAUUGGAUUUCUCUCUCUAGUAUAGUUGUAUAUUUUCAAAACAUUUGGGAGUAUGUGGUUUUAGAUUUAAUUUGAGCUUUUAAUAGAAAAUGUUUAUACAAAUCGUACUUUAGAAAGACACUUAUUGUUCCUCGAUAUCUAAAAGAUUAACUGAGUUCAUAGAUUGGUUUUGUACUCCAUUAAUACCAUUAUUUUGUGCUUGAAUAAUACAUUGGUGCCAAAAAUGUUUUAAGGGUUGAAGUACAUGUUUAAGUACUUAAAUGUGUAGGUUAUCGCCUAAUUCCAGCCAGAGCCCUCUAAGUAUGUAUAUACAUUACUUUAAAAUGAAUCUUAAGUUCCUUUUAUAUUGCGUCAUUAAUAAAUACUCAUUUAUUUUCAAGGUAUAUUUUUACCUCCUAGGUAGGUACUUAAUUUUCUAUUUUGUGAUAAUGCAUCAACAAUAUUAUAUUUAUGAAAAUAUAACGAUCGAUUUUGGAUCUCUCAGUUGAAUAUCAUUGAUAUAUUGAUAUGUAUGUUUUUGCAAAGACUCAAAUCUUUUACUAGCUUUAUAUUAUUAUGUUUAGAUUGUAAAUGUAUUAGUUAAUUUGCAGCUUUUGUUGAAUUUGUUAUUUAUAUACAUUAUAUUUUAAUUCAUGUAGAAGUUGCAUUUUUAUUGUAUUUUAUUUAUGUAUUAAAAGUGUAUUAGUCAUUUGUAACGAUAUUAAGUUUUGCAGCCAGAGUAGAGUAAGGAGAGAUAGCCUGUGUAGUGUACAUAGUCUUAACUCUAUUAACACUGUAGGGAUUAUGUUAAGUACACCAACAAUACUCUUUGUGUUACUAUAACUGUGCAAUACUCUUUUAUCUAUCAUUUAAUAAAUCUACUUAUAUUUUCGUCAUAGUGUUAAGAUUUGUUUACUUCUUCUCGAUUCUCGGUGUAAAUUUAUUUUUGUGAUUUUUCUUUAGGGUUAUUUAUUGUUUUUAUGUACUUUUAUUUUUAUACAAUGUAUAUCAAGGCCUUGUUUGUAGUAAUUAAAUGUUAUGAUUCUAAACCUAAAUUUAAUGUACAUUACUAGGAAAUAAAAAUUCUCUAAGAUAUGGA